UAAUGCAUAAACAUGGAGGGUCAAAUGAUAUAUAUACAGGUUUGUUAAAGAAUGUUCUGCUCUUUUAUUCACUUUAACUCCCACAGUUUUGAAGUGUGUGCUUAAACAAAAGGGACGGCUAAAAAGUUUGUGGGCUAACACUAACUUAACGGUGCGUUUGCACAUUUUUGAUGGAUUAUACACAUGGAUGUACAUAUGUUGAACAUUAAGGCACAAUAAUGAAUCUGUCAAUUUAAAUUACUUGCAAGUGUGAAAUUGGAUGGUUCCUUUCCAGAAGUCUUGAGUGGGGCCGUUUUUAGUAAAUGUUUAUUGUUUUUCAUGUUUUUUGGUUUAUUUCCUUUUUGGCAGGCUGUAAUCCCGACGAGAGCUGGACGCUUGUCAAGUACCUGCUAGAUGCAACAUAUGACCUCAUCCCGUUCCACUGGGUCCGAAAGAGGCAUGGUGAAGACUGCCAACGUGCCUGGUUCCCAGUUAAAGGGACGGUUAAGGCGCCAGAGUACACUCGACUCAAGGAAACCUGUGCAAAGGCUCCCAGUUCUAAUAUUGCUGAAUGGCUCAAGGUUACUGUUUUAGUAAGCCAAGCAAUAACUGACUAUGAAGUCGGCCAGUCCCUUCUCAGAGAACGCCUUGAUGUCUCAUCUUCAUCAGAUGCUCCUCAAAAGGAUACACAGCGACCAUGUCGUGUACGCGCUAGGCCAAUGCGGUUAGCUGAAGAGAACAACGCGGACAGUGACCAUAAUUGGAGCUCUGAUUCUGACGAGCACUCGUCUAAUUCUGAAGAGCUUGACACCAUCCAGUCAAAGAGUAAGCCCUAGACAAUUUAAGAAUUUUACUGUUGGAAUCAGUCAUUUCAGGAGAAUUUUUGGUGGCACUGAGGCAUUAAAAUUGACAUGAUAUUCACACGCACAACUGUCUGUUGUAAUUAAUAUCAGUGUUUGAAUUUCGCGAUUAUUGGAGAGGAGAUCAAACUUAUUUAUUUGUUCCAUUCCAACUCAAAAAUUGAGAACCAGAAAGUAAAGCUGUAAUAUUUACAAAUAUACAUGUAGUUAUAAUAUCGGAGAAAUAAUCUUGUUUUAAACUCUCCUACACAGAUUGCCCCUGCAUUUAUAUCUCGUGCGCGUACAUAGCAUGAGCAACAAAAAACAGUCAAAGACCAAUUUAAGAAGGUAUAUUGCAUAUUAGUUUUGGAAUAUUAUAAAAUCACUUCUUAAAGUCAGUGAUCUACCAUGUAAACAUUAUUUCGUUCAAAUUGAAGCAUUGAAACGGACGCUACGCUUCAUCAAACUCAGGGGAUGAAAAUCGCAUUGGGCAACCUUCCUUGAAAGUGAGACAGCGCAGUUGAGAGAAACACACACAUACGCAUGUGGGUGUUUGAUCUAAUUGCGUUUGGCCCAUCUUUUGUGUGUUUCAACUGCGCUGUCUCAUUUUCAAGUGAAGUGGCCCAAGGCAAUUUUCAUCCUCUGAUUUUGAUGAAGUAUAGCGUCCGUUCCAGUGCUUCGAUUUGAACGAAAUCAAGUUGAUAAGGUAGAUUGAUUAUCUGACUUUAAGAGGUGAUUUUAAAAUAAUUCCAAAACUUGCGUGCAAUACAUGUGUACCUUUAUUAAUUGGUCUUUGACUGUGGUGCACCCUGUACAGUAUGUACAAGAGGCACAUUCAGGUGGAUUUUAAGGAAACUUGAAACUUGUUCGUGUUAUUAAGAGUUUGUAAUUUACAAAAAUUGAACCUUAUAGUCAGUUUCCCGCCCAGUCAAUUCUUUGUUCAACUUUAAAACCGCCAAAAUUGAAUCUAGUCAGUUUUUGUGAUUAAGCUGACAAUUUGAUAUUAAAAAGCCGUAUCCUUUCACAGUGAUAACCUACUACUGCUUCCCAAGUUGCAGCAUUGCUAAUGCAGCAUGUAUCUAGUGAUCCUUGGUCACACAGUAUGUAUAGGUGUCAUGGCUUCUGACUAGCAGCCUGAGCACAAAGAUGACAGACAAUUUGGGACACUACCAACAUAGGGCUGAAUAGCUCAGUUGGUAGAGCUCUGGUAUGGUAAACCGGAGGUGGCAGGUUCGAGUCCAGCCCCAGUCAAUUCUUUGUUCAACUUUAAAAUCGCCAAAAUUGUACCUAUAGUCAUUCCCUUGUUGGGGGUUUAUUUGACAGUUCGUAGUUUGGAUACAUGUACAGAAUGCAUUUUACAAUUGAGGGAAGGACCUCUGUUAAAUAAUUAUAUAAUCAUUAAUACUGAGACAGUUUAGCCAUUGGUCGGUCGAGCCAUGACAUGACUGGUCAUAAACGGUUUAGAAAGUACCGGCUAGCUGGUCAUGUAUCUGUUCCCAUGUGUGUAACAUUCGAUGUUUGCGCAGCUAGUGCCAAUGAUUCCAGAUUCACUCUGUCCUUUAUAACUUGUCGCAUUGUGCGUUACAUCAGCAGAACGCAUGCGCCACCAUACUUGCCUGUUUAGUGUGUGAGUUCAAGGUCAUGUACAUGUAGUUUUUUCUUUCUUUGGACCAUAUUUUAAAAGUAUAAGUUUGUUUUGUAAAUAAAUGGUUAAAAAAUUAUUUAUAAAAAAAUAAUGUGUGCAGAGUGUUUCCUUU